CCCUCCUCGGUUACUUAUUAUCGCCGCCUCCUCUCUCCAUAAUCAUUUCACAGCGAGAGAGGAGCGCGGCAACAUGAGGCACUUUCAACUCGACUAAAAACCUAGCGGACAUAUAGGAAAUACUUUGGAUUUUAAUUCACUUCGAGCAGAGGGGUUGUGUUAUCAUGAAAGCGUGAGCUGGUCCACAGCUGAUUGAAAACAUUUCUACUUUAGACUCAGAGCAGCUGUGCUAUUCCUUUUGGAGAGAACCUUGUUUUUUUUACACUGUACCAUGUCGUCCACUGAGGAGUCGUCUGGCACGGUCCUACACCGGCUCAUCCAGGAGCAGCUCCGCUACGGAAACCCCACGGACACCCGCACCUUACUGGCCAUCCAGCAGCAGGCCCUGCGUGGAGGCGGAGGCAGUGGAAGCAACAGUGGACCCAGCAGUGGGGGUGAAAUGAGCAGGACCCCCAGAUCUUCUCUAGAAAGCCUCACUCAGGAGGACCCGCUGCUUCCCCAGCUCUCAGCGAGGCAGGAGCCACAGGGCCAGGAGCACCAAGGGGACUACCAUCACUCAGAAAGCGGCUUUCAGCUGCACGGGGAGACGCUGCCAACCUACGAGCAGGCCAAAGCACAUUCCCAGUACCCGUCCUCUCACUGGGCCCACAGGCAGCUCCAUGAGGGGCAGCUUGUGUUGCAUGAUGGAUCCUUCCACGAAGAAGCAGAUCUGUUGGAGCCAAAAUGCAGCCACGUGCGUUCGCUCAGCGAGCAUCUCAUGCAGAUGUCUCUGGAGAGGCGAGAUGCAGUAGCCAAAGCUGCGGCCAUCAAAAUCAACUCCCACAGCUACCCGGAGCUCCCCUACUACACCCCGCAGUGCCUUCAGAGGAUGGGGCAAAACGCAGACAAACGCAGCCCGCCCCCAGAAUACAGCAGCCCCAUCCAGGGUCAGGGUUUCAUCCCCCACCAGGUCCAGGAUCAAGUGCAAGCUCAGCCCCAAAGAUAUGUCCAGUCUGAACAGCCAGGAGAAGUACCCAGCUACAACACAUUCAACAGCCUGCCACCUGCUGGCUUGGAGGAACCUAACCAGGUGGAGCUCCUAGUGAUGGAGAAUGAGAGACUCAGACAAGAGCUGGAAGCUCACAGGGAGAAAACUGGCCGCAUUCAAAAGCUGGAGCAGGAGAUUCAGCGCAUUUCCGAGGCUUACGAGACACUGAUGCAGGGCAGCAGUAAGAGGGAAAACCUGGAGCAGACACUGAGGAGGAGGCUUGUGGCCGAGAUCAGGAGGCUGCAGGAUUUCAACAGAGACCUCAGAGAAAACCUGGAAAAAGCCAGGACCCACGUUGCAAAAGAAGUAGAGGUGGCCGACCACAACCAGCACAUCAUGGCCAAACUCCUUGAACAAAACGAGGAGCAGAACGCUGAGCGGGAGCGUAUGGAGCGGGAGAUGCAGCGCCUGCGAUCGACAGUGGAGGAGCAGAGCCUCAGGACGAAGCGGCUCGAGGACGCCCUGGAGGCGGCGCGGGGACGAGGGCGCCAGCUCGAGGACGAGCUGAGGAGGAAGAGGGCGUAUGUGGAGAAAGUGGAGAGGCUCCAGAGCGCGCUGGCUCAGCUGCAGUCGACGUGCGAGAAGCGGGAGGGCCUGGAGAUGAAGCUCCGGACGAGGUUGGAGCAGGAGCUGAGGAGUCUGAGGGCGCAGCAGAGGCAGUCUCAGCCGCCGGGUCUGACUGUGAAUUCGCUCCAAGAGCGCCUGCGUGAGCGCGAGGAGCGGAUCCUGGCCCUCGAAGCCGACAUGGUGCGUUGGGAACAGAAGUACCUGGAGGAGAGCACCAUGAGGCAGUUUGCCAUGGAGGUGGCUGCCACUGCUGCUGCUCAGAGAGACACCACCAUCAUUAACCACUCUCCCUGCCACUCCUCCAACAACAGCUUCAACGAGGAUCUGCCACUUCCCGAUCACAGGAAUCAGGAAAUGGAAAACAGAAUUCGAGCCCUUUAUGCUCAGAUACUGGAAAAAGAUGCUGUGAUAAAGAUUCUCAACCAGCGGCUGCAUCAGGAUCAAAGUCAGAAGGACGAGCAGAGUCCUCGAACGAACCUCGUGAACGCGGUGGGAGCUCCACUCCGACCGGCUUCCUCCACUCCCUCCAUCAGCACGGCUUGCGCCAAGAUUAAAGGCAAAAACCUGUCAGACGAUCAGACUUUGCCGGUCCGUCAGUUCUCUGCCCAGUCGGAACCUUCAACGCUCGAAAAGCAGCCGGAGGAAACCAAACCUACGGAGAAAACCAGCACAACUAAGCUAAGCAACGACAAGGCAGCACCGAAGAAGAUGCUGUCAAAUCCCUUCAGAGGCCUGGAUGAUCUGGAGUCGGAGGCAGUGGAAAUCUUCAUUUAAGCCACCGUGAUUUGGAUACUGAAUGAAAGGACAAAAAA